UUGAGGUGAAUUCUUUUUCUUGGAGUAUCCAUGUGCCAAGAAUCAGGUGGAGCGGCACGGCAGAAAUUCCGCCUGAUAAGCGUUGCCGCCUUGUGCUUGUUUGCGUAGAUAUAUAGAUAUAUAUACUUUAACCUCUCUAGGUCCUUCCGGUAGAAUUCGCAAACAAAUAGAUUAAUGUUUAGAAAAUGUCCUUAAAAUGGAAGAGAUUAAACCUUUCAAAUCAAGAGAAUAUACCCCCACUCCUUUUCAGGUAUACCUCAACGUCAAAUGGCUAUGGGCUGUACAUCACUGAUCUUACCAACAUCUGGUCUGAACAUCUAACCCGCCAAGACAUCCUGAGAAGAGCUGAUGAGCAAAACACCCCAAUCGAUCCGAGCGAGGACACCGAGCAAUUUAAAGUCCUACUGCAGAAGAUUGGAGAUGCUUUGCGUGGUCAGUCAGGAACCACGGCAAACUUGGGUUCAGGUUCGAGAGGAGACUCGUUAGAACUGAUUUUAUUGACAAAAUUGCCGGCUCCACUCCAACCUUUGAAAUGGAAUGCACGUCUCUUAAAAGAACCUCACUCUGCUGCCACCAAGCAAUUGCUCCUUCCCCUCAUACAGGCAGAAGCUGACUGGGAGUUGUGCCAACGAUCUCUUAUUGACCAGCUGCAUAAGAAAGACUGGAUUCUCGGAAAGCUCUUUGAUAAGAUCGAAGAUGUGGGCAUUGAUUUGAGUACUAUAUUCCCCGGUAUCUCUGGCUUACGGACCGGUCCAAAGGGCGCAACCCUGGAGCAAGCAGCCAAACAUAUUAAAGGCAUUGCACCUUUCGAUGAAAAUGCUUGGCUCAAGGAGCUCAACGCGCCGUCUGCUGGUAUAGGCGUUGCUGCCAAUAUUCUAGAAGAGACUUCUAGCUCUAAGAGCACGAAUCGGUCGGGAGCUCUCAUUCCGCCACCUGACCAAUGGUGGGAGAAAGUUAUAGCAACCAAGUCCACUACGGGUCCUACACGGGAGGAAAGUGAACCGAAGAGAGGACGCGAGCCAUCCAAUAUCUCGCUGGAAGCCGAUACUGAUACGGCUGCAGAAACGGAAGAUGAUGGAUUUGAACGACAGGAAACGCCCCCAAGAUUGAAGCAACCGAAAGGCACCGAGGAAAGCCCCUCCAGCUCCGAGGGGAAUGAAGAAAUAGAGCGAAGUUCUACGAGCAAAUCUCCACUUCCGUCGAAGCAGAAAAGCCCUACAAAGCCGUCUAAAGGCCUUGGGAUUAUCGGCGGGAAAAAACCAACCAAGGAGCUGCAAUCUUCACCCCUAUCUCCCUCUAUGCGCACACAACCCACGGCCGACGACGAGACAGAUUCGGGUUCGGAACAUGAAAGUUCGGCUUUGGCAUUACUCCUACCAGUGAAAGCUAAGCAAAGGGCAUCAGAGAAUGUACAGAGCAAACCACGAGGUUUAGGAAUCAUUGGUGGUAAGAAGAAAGAAAGGCAAGCUACGUUUGGCGAGUCUACAUCCUUGCCAAAAGUAAAGUCACCAAGUGUACAAACAGAAAAAGACCGGCCAUCUCCUCAAGCAUCGCCUUCACCGGAGAUAAGAACAAAGAGAGCUGGCAAACUUGGUGUUAUUGGAGGUAAAACCUCCAAAUACGAUGUAGGUUGUACUCCAGUGCAUCGGUCGGAGGAGAGCAGUGCCGGAUUGUCUGAAGAAACACUAAAACACAGCUCUAAACCAAUGAUGCCUCCAUUACCCGAAUCUAGAGAGCCAAAGUUGCCUGAACAGCCGAAGAGAGAGGAAACGGAUCAGGAAAGAGCCGAUAGGAAGCGUGAAGACUUGAAGAGGCAGCUUGAGGCGAAGAGCAAAGCCCCAGUUAGAAAGAAGCGGAAAUUCUGAGCUCUGCUCGUCCUUUCCUAAUAGGCUACGGCUGAAUGAAGCCCUGGCUACUGAAUAUCCGGUUAAAUCGUAUGACCUGUUAUUACAGAGUACUAGAUUUGGCAUCUAGAGGAAUGUGUGGUUUCCACGAUAAACUGCAAAUAUACCGGGUAACAUAAAUCCGCAGAUAUUUUUUUAGGUUUACUGGGUUUCGUGGGGGGGUAUUGCAUAGUACA